AUUCUAUUCUGCUCUCCAACACCUCCACAUCCGGUCGCCCGGAUCCUCUACAGGAAAUGACGUCAGUGCAGACAAUAAUAUGGCCUCUAGAAUGGCUGGAAAGGCUGUAGGCAAUCAUAAUGUUGUAAUUCCGUCUAAGUAACGUUGGUCUGUUGCCACGCAGGGUCGCGUACGGACGAGAUGUCACCACCGAUCAUGGUUUUUCUACGUCCGGUCUUUCUGAUCUCUAAAACAAAUUAAUCACCGGCCCUCCAUGUCAGAAGGAUCCCGGGCUCCGUGGUCGAAGCGGGGUUGUGUGGAGUCGCAUCGCCGAGAACAGGGGAAACACAAGCAAAGGAAAUGUGAGCGUCCUCUCAGCACACUGACAGCGAAGCCGCCAACCGGCCCGGACGCCUCCAAAAGGUGCUUAAUGGCUGGGGACGUUGAGGUGUACCUGUCACAGGUGCAUGAUGGGAGCGUGUCCUCAGGCUUCCGAGCCUUGUACGAGGAACGCCUCUUGCUGGAUGUGACCCUCCUGAUAGAAGAACAUCACUUCCAGGCCCACAAAGCCCUGUUGGCCACACAGAGUGACUACUUCCGGGUCAUGUUUACGGCAGACAUGCGCGAGCGAGACCAGGACAAGAUCCACAUGAAGGGGCUGACAGCGGCUGGCUUCGGCCACGUCCUUCGCUUCAUGUAUUAUGGCUCAUUGGAACUCAGCAUGCCGACAGUGCAGGAGAUUCUGCAGGCGGCCAUGUAUGUGCAGCUCACCGAGGCUGUAGAGUUCUGCUGUUCUUUCCUUUUGGCCAAAAUUUGCCUGGAAAACUGUGCCGAGGUCAUGAGGCUGCUGGAUGAUUUCAGUGUGGCAGUGGAGGGAGUGCAGGAGCGGCUGGACGCCUUCCUGCUGGAGAACUUUGUGCCUCUGAUGGCCAGGCCUGACUUCUUGUCCUACCUAAGCUUGGAGAAGCUGGUGGUGUGCCUGAGUAGUGAGAGGUUGUGUCGGUUCCCGGAGAUCGAGCUGUAUGAGGCUGUCCAGGCCUGGCUGAGACAUGACCGCCGGCGCUGGAGACACACGGAUGCUGUGGUGCAGAACCUGCGCUUCGGCCUCAUGACACCAACACAAGUAUUUGAAAAGGUGAAGACCUCCGAGUUCUAUCGUUACUCCCGUCAGCUGAGGCAGGAAGUGGACCAGGCACUCAACUACUUUCACUCGGUGAACGAGCAGCCGCUAGCCGAAACAAAGUCCAACCGGAUCCGGUCUGUUCGGCCUCAAACGGCUGUCUUCAGAGGGAUGAUCGGCCACAGCAUGGUGAACAGCAAGAUCCUCCUGCUUCAUCGGCCCAAGGUUUGGUGGGAGCUGGAAGGUCCGCAGGUUCCACUUCGGCCUGAUUGCUUGGCAAUUGUUAACAAUUUUGCUUUCCUGUUGGGUGGUGAAGAGCUAGGGCCAGAUGGAGAGUUUCACGCAUCAUCCAAGGUUUACCGCUAUGAUCCAAGGCAGAAUUCCUGGCUCAGGAUGGCAGACAUGUCGGUCCCUCGGUCGGAAUUUGCUGUCGGUGUGAUCGGAAAGUUCAUCUACGCUGUGGCAGGACGGACACGGGACGAGACGUUUUACUCCACAGAGCGCUAUGACAUUGCAGAGGAUAAGUGGGAGUUUGUGGAUCCAUAUCCAGUGAACAAAUAUGGCCAUGAGGGCACGGUGUUGAAUGGAAAACUCUAUAUCACCGGUGGUAUCACGUCAUCCUCCACCUCCAAACAGGUGUGUGUGUUUGAUCCCGAGCGCGAGGGAGCAUCUGAACACCGCACACGCCGCAAUCCCAUUCUUACCAACUGCUGGGAGAACAAAUCUAAGAUGAACUAUGCACGCUGUUUCCACAAGAUGAUCUCCCACAAUGGGAAACUUUACGUGUUCGGAGGGGUUUGUGUAAUCCUGAGGGCGUCUUUCGAAUCCCAAGGCUGCCCUUCAACGGAAGUGUACAAUCCAGAAACGGACGAAUGGACCAUCCUCGCUUCUAUGCCCAUUGGGCGAAGUGGGCAUGGCGUGGCAGUGCUAGACAAACAGAUCAUGGUGCUGGGUGGAUUGUGCUACAACGGCCAUUACAGCGACUCUAUACUCACCUUUGAUCCUGAGGAGAACAAGUGGAAGGAGGACGAGUAUCCCAGAAUGCCUUGCAAACUGGAUGGCUUGCAGGUGUGCAGCUUGCACUUCCCUGAGUAUGUCCUGGAACACAUGAAGCGCUGCAGCUGAGGGUCUCUGGGAAGGAUGGAAAAAAAAAAACCCACAAAA